AUGUCUACGUUGAGUCUCUUCCAGCAGAUCCAUCUGCAGUCCUUGACUGCCAACCUAGCAGGCUCAAUCGUGGGCCCCGAAUGGAUUCUCCAGGACGCCAUGAACAUCGCAGCCAAGCGCAUGGUCAAGAAGCACCUAAGCCAGUACGGAUGGGACCUCACCUGGGGUCCCCGAGUAUGGAAGUCGGAGACUUCAAAAUGGUACGAAGGCCUCAACAACUGUUGGAUGGUGAUGAAGGCAUCCAACGUCGAGUAUCCCGACGGGACCAAGUUCGACACAUACGUUGUGGCGAUUGCUGGCACUGCUGUAUUCUCGAUAGAGGAUUGGAAGUUCGAGGAUUUUGGAGUCGACAAGGUAGUGGACUUCAAUGCCUACACCAAAACCUUCAAGACCGGUUCCGCAGAGCAGCCUGUCGGGGUCCAGAAUCCUCCUUUCCGCGACAUUCCGUACGGCGCCUGGGGAACAACCCUCGGUGCUUGGGCAGUCGUAACACAUGCCUCACCGAGCGGAAAUCCGGGAGCUGGUACAAACCUCUUAGAGUAUCUCGCCAAUCUCAAGAAGAGCCCGGGAGACUUCCGAGUCAUCUUCACCGGCCACAGCCUCGGAGGCGCCCUUUCGCCCUACCUGUCCCUGGCAACCAAGGCCAACAAUCUCGUUCCGGGCGUGGCCGAUAUUGCGGGUGACAUCCUCGCCCUUCCUGCCGCGGGAGCCACACCAGGCGAACAGCUUUUGAGCGAUGCCUACUCUAAGCUGUCGAAAGUGAGCGGCCCAGGCGGGUAUCAGUUGUGGAACGCGGACUUUUACAACACCCUUGACAUCGUUCCGAACGCUUGGUCAACGGACGACACCCAGGACCGCAAUAUUGACAAGAUUGUGUCAAUCUACGGUCCUCUACAGGGAAAGAUUCUUACACAAAUUCAAGGCCUCGUGCAGAAGGCAAAAGAUCGCGCCAAGUCAUCCGGCUUCACAUACAUCCCUAUCGAAGGCAACCCUUUCAAGGGUACCCCUCCAGCCAAGACUCCUACGAAUUUCCUCUCAUUCAUGUCCGAGGCCGUCUUGCAGCAUACAAAGGCUUAUCAUAAUGCAGUUAACGUCAGUGACGAGUUGGUUGAUCUUUACGAUACCAUCAUCAGCGCGUCUGGGGUGAAGAAGAAGUCUGCCAGAAUCCUGGCUAAGGAGAUGCCGGUGCUCUGUAAUGUUGAUGAUAGCGAGUGGGAUGAUAACAGCGAUGAGACAUAUCCAUUUGAUUGUAUCCUUACUGGAGAACGGGUUGCGUGA